AACAAAGCAUUUACAAAUGUAAAUGAAUAAUAACCAAACUAUGACUGCACAGUGGAGUGGGAAUCAACUUCUAUUAUGUGAGUUUUAUGUGGUUUCAUGCCUUCUGGUCUUUGGAGGAGAAACUUCCAGGACCGCUGCGACUGUGCUGUGUCUGCUGUGUUAGCAUAGUAUUUCUUGCCCAUUUAUAAAUAUUUGUAAACAUUUUGUUGAUAAUUAGUUCAUUAUUUAUAAAGUGUUUAUAAAGCUGUGAAUAGGACGUUAUUGUAAAGUGUUACCGAUUUAAGAGAGGUUUUAAAGUUUAGCAAAAGUGUGAACGUGUUGUUAUUGCCUUUCAGCUUUGCAGGGCAAAAAUUAACACAAGAUAAAUGGAGGUCAUGGACCCAUGGUGGGCGGCAAAUCAAUAGUUUAAACCACACAUGGUGGAUGGAUGACUUCAGGGCUUAUCUGAGACGGAAGUGAAACCAUGCUAUCUGUUCACCGAGCGUGAAAGUCAGGAUAGUGACAGUCACGCAUGUGGUUCAGGGAGCGAGAGGGAGAGAGCUAAAGCGACAGUGUGUGUGAGUGUGAAGAGACAGUGUGUGUGAGUGUGAGUGUGAGUGUGAGUGCGAGGGCGAGAGCGAGAGUCAUGGCGGCGACUAGCAUUUCUGUGGAAGAGGACCAGUUCUGCUGCCCGGUGUGUCUGGACGUCCUCCGGGACCCCGUGACCACUCCCUGCGGCCACAGCUACUGCAUGGAGUGCAUCAAGAGCUACUGGAACAAGAGCGACGCCAAGGGAGUCUACAACUGCCCCCAGUGCCGCGAGGCCUUCUCCCCGAGGCCCGUGCUCGGACGCAACAACAUCCUGGCCGAGGUGGUGGAUAAAUUGAAGAGGGCCGGGCUCCACCAGCAGGCCUCUUCGUCUCGUGCUGCCCAGGCCCUGGUGGAGGAGGUGGACUGCGAUGUGUGCGGCCCCAAGAAGAAGAGCCGGGCGGUGGGGACGUGCCUGGUGUGCCUGGCCUCCUACUGCGAGAGCCACCUCAAGGCUCACCAGGACAGCAAGCGCGGACACAAGGUGGUGGAGGCCACGAAGCAGCCUCAGCGGCGACUCUGCGCGCAGCACAGGAAGCCUCUGGAGGUGUUCUGCCGCACGGACCACAAGUGCAUCUGCUUCCAGUGCAAGGCAGAGGGCCACAAGGGCCACAGCGUGGUCUCGGCCAACGCAGAGCGAGUCGAGAGACAGAAACAGCUGAAAGACGCGGGCAGGAGGUCAAGACAGGUCAACAAGGACCGAGAGAAAGAAAUACGACACGUGGUCAAAUACUUGAAGCAAUCCGCAGAGGCAGCUCUGGAGGACAGCGAGCGCAUCUUCUCCAGGCUGGCGCGCACCGUGGAGCGCAAGCGUGUGGAGGUGAGGGAGAUGAUCCGGGCCCAGGAGAAGGAGGCGCUGGGCCAGGCAGACAGCAUCCUGCAGGCCCUAGACCAGCACAUCACCAGCCUCACCGUACGGGAUUGCCAGCUGGACCGCCUGGCGCAGACCGACGACCACAUACACUUCCUGCAGAAAAGCAGGUCACUACUGGAGGGAGUGUCAGAUGCUGGGGAUGUGCCUAGCCUUGAUGUGCACCCCUUCUCGUCUCUGAUGAUCAUGAGAAAGUCCUUUGGUGAGCUGAGGGACCGCCUGGAUGAUGCUCUCAAGAGGGAAAUAGCCGGCAUCUCUGAUAUAAUUAACAAGGAAGAGGGCUCCUUAUCAUCCACAACCACAUCGAAACCACCAACACUAAGAAGAGCUGACUCAGUGGAAGAUCUGCUCUCUCCAAACACCACUUCCUCCAAGACCAGACCAGAGCUGUUACAAUUUUGCUGCGAGAUAACCCUUGACCCCAACACGGCCAACUCUUUCCUGGCGCUGCGCGAGGGGUUCCGGGAGGUGACUACGGGCCGGGAGCCACUGCCGUACCCCGACCACCCCGAGCGCUUCUCCUGCUGGGCCCAGCUGCUGUGCCGAGAGGGCCUGUCGGGCCGCUGCUACUGGGAGGUGGAGUGGAGGGGCGCGGGAGGGGUGUCCGUCGGGGUCGCCUAUAAAAGCAUCCGGCGGAACGUCAGCAGCACGGACGGCAAACUGGGACACAACAGCAAGUCCUGGAGCCUGGACUGCACAGACGCCGCGUGUUAUUUUCAGCACCACAAGACGCGGCUGGACCUGCCGACGCCGCGGUCCAACCGGGUCGGGGUGUAUCUGGACUACAGGGCGGGGUUGCUGGCGUUUUACAGCAUCUCAGAGACGGCGUGUCUUCUGCAUAAAGUGCAGACCACGUUCAGUCAGCCGCUGUACCCAGGGUUUUGGGUAGGACUGGGCACCACGCUGAAGAUCUGCCCCUUUUUCAACUUCACCGCCUGAAAUGUGCAACCUCAAACCAAGGCCAAAACGUACCAGUGCUGAUAUGUCUGUUACACAAACUUCUGUUUACACAAUGUAAUUAUUGUAAAUCUUUAAAAAAAAACAAAAAGAAAACAAACCUUGACUUAAAAUGUUGUUUAUCAAAGCAAGUUUUUGAGCAUGCACAUGAUGACUGAAGUGAGCAUUCCCAUUCAGAGGUGUAAAGUAAAAAACAAACAAACAAACACCUUUCCUUCCAACACGGGUUAACUGAGUAAUCAGUAGACCUGUGUGUCUUACAAUCAGCCGGCUCAGCCCUGGUUGGAUCAGGUUUGUGAUGGGUCUUAAUCGGGCUUUCAGUGUUUUUCAGUAACAGUCCAUCCAUCUCAUUAGGUACAAUGGA